UAUCUCCCUACAAAGCAUAGCAGACUGACUAGAGAGAUUUAAUAUGACGAGGAGCGAGAGCGAGAGCAGAGCUGAGGCGUUGGAGCCGUGGCUCCAGCUGAGUGACAAAGUGGUGCUGGUGACCGGGGCCUCAUCCGGCCUCGGCCGCGACUACUGCCUAGACCUGGCUAAAGCCGGCUGCAGAAUCGUGGCCGCGGCGCGCCGAAUCGACCGUUUGAAAUCACUCUGCGACGAGAUCAACGGCCAAUCCGGCGAACCCAGAGCCGUGGCCGUUGAGCUCGAUGUCAGCGGGAGCGGAGCCUCUAUCGAAGCCGCCGUCAACAAGGCUUGGGAUGCUUUCGGAAGAGUUGAUGCUCUCAUUAACAAUGCCGGUGUCAGAGGAGUGGUGCACACUCCACUAGAUUUGAGUGAAGAUGAAUGGAAUGAUCUGAUUAGAACGAAUCUAACUGGAACAUGGCUGGUGUCCAAAUACGUUUGCCGGCGAAUGCGCGACGGCGGACGAGGUGGUUCCGUCAUCAACAUUUCAUCCAUUUCCGGCCUCGAACGCGGCCAGCUUCCCGGAGGUCUUGCUUAUGCUGCUUCUAAAUCCGCCGUUAAUUCCAUGACCAGGGUUAUGUCGUUGGAAUUAGGGAUGUACAAAAUAAGAGUGAACUCAAUAUCUCCGGGGCUAUUUAAAUCAGAAAUAACACAAGGACUGAUGAAAAAAAAUUGGCUAAACAAUGUGGCUGUUAAAACGGGGCCGUUGAGAACGUUUGGAGAGUCAGAUCCAGCACUCACAUCAUUGGUCCGAUACUUAAUUCAUGACUCUUCUCAAUAUGUGACGGGCAAUAUUUUUAUAGUCGAGGCCGGAGUCACCUUGCCCGGUUUUCCCAUUUUUUCCUCCCUUUAGAUAUAAACUAUUUUUCUAUUAAGGUGUUAAAUUAAUACUCUUUAUAGUAACUUUUCAUCCUCAAAAUAUAUAAACCAAACCACCAUACUUCCAAUAAUAUCUGUUUUUGGAACUAUUUAUUA